GGUUCAGCGACAAACGCUCGAACGGAUUAGAGGUAAAAUUCACCAUUUCGGUUUAUUUCAUUCCUAAAUAAACACAUAGUGAAUACACCAGAAAGGAAAAAAACUUAAGGAGGAGCUACCUCCCAGCUGACGAUGAAGAGUUUAGACGGGGCGAUGGGGCCCGGGCUUGUCUUCUGGACCAUUGUCCUUUUGAUAAGUACCUUUGUUCAAACUAGUGAGGGCAACAUCUGUGUCAAUGAUGUCGAAAAGACAGAAACAAAGAGAGCACUUUGCUCCCAAUUUAUGGACAUGAUGUUCAAUACCUCUGGCCAGCAAAAGUACUCAUAUCACUUGAAGGAAGGAACGUAUGACCCCGCAGAGUUAGUAGACAUACAAGCCGGCAAAAGCUCAACAGCCAUGUGUACCUAUGAAAGGUCAUAUAAAGAGAAAGUGUCAGGUUGCUGUGACGGUUGGAAAGGAGACUCAUGUGUUGAGCCUAUCUGCGGCGAUGAAUGUAAUAAUAACGGACAGUGUGUUGAGCCUUAUGUAUGUGAGUGUUACUCUGACUACACGGGUCACCUCUGCGAGGACAACAUUGCCGAAUACGACUACGCCCAAACAAAACAAUAUUGUUAUGGAACAGUCACCUGUCAUGGCGAUAAAGCUCCCGGUUUCAAUCAGUCUCUCGUCACAAAGGACGAUUGUUGUAAACUUGGCGGGAAAGGUUGGGGCGCACAAAAGAAACGAUGUGACGACUGUUCAGUUGUUGGAAACGAAGAAAACAUUAACCAGUCACAUGAUCCAGGGUUCCGAUCGUGCUUAAGUUAUGGAGGAGUAUACUACAGAACAUUUGAUGGCAAGCAAUACAAUUUUGGUGGAAAAUGUAAAUAUAUACUAGCUCGGGCGUCAGAACAGUGGCAAGUGGUCAUGCACCAAAUCAACUGUGAAACACCAACAGGUUGUAAAAAGAAAAUUGUUGCGACUGACAAUAGAGACAAUAAAAUUGAAGUGGAAGAUGGUAUCGUCAUCGCCAACGGACAGGUCGUGGAUAUGGUGGAACAAAUGGCUAGUCAAGUCCCUGGGAACGCUUACACUGUCAUGAAAAAUGGUGACUGGAUAUGGAUUAAAUUAGAGAAGGCAGGUUUGAGGAUAAAAGUGGACAAGAAAGCCACUGUGUAUGUUACCCUUGACAAGAAAAAUUCUGACUUGCUACCGCGUAUCGAUGGAUUAUGUGGAAACUCUAAUGGAAACCCUGACGAUGACUUCAUAACCCAGUCGGGUGCCGAUACGACUAGCCCAACAUCUUUCGGUAAUUCCUGGGUAUACGAUGACGACAAGUGUCCACUUUCUGGAUCGAUUCCAAACUAUUGUAAAAAUGACAGCAGUAAAAUUCGCGCUAUGGAGGAAUGUGGAAUAAUGAGGUCGAAUCUAUUUGCUGAUUGCAGAGCGAAGAUGGACUACCUACCAUGGCAUAAGAUAUGUGUGAACGAAUACUGUCAAACCCCCGAUGACGAAAAAGAUAUAUUUCGUUGUGAUGAAAUAGCGGCUUUUGCUAACGAGUGUGCUCAGCAUGGUGCAGUUACCGACUGGAGGAGUCGAGAUUUGUGUCCGAAGUCGUGUCCUCCUGGCCUUAUAUACAACGAAUGCGGUAGUUACUGUCCACGCUCCUGCAAUCAUAUCCUGGUUGAGACGUCCGAUACAUGCGCUAAAGAACAACAGUGCGUUCCUGGAUGCGAAUGCCCAAGCAACAAAGUAUUUCAGGAUGGCAAAUGUGUCUCUCCUUCCGAGUGUAACUGUCACUUCAAUCGCGUAACAUACAGCCCGAAUGCUACCAUGAAAAUGGACUGUAAUUCUUGUACAUGCAGUUCUGGCAAGUGGAUCUGCACAAAUAACCCUUGUGCACAAUCAGCCAGAGUAAACGGUCUGUCUCACAUUACCACCUUUGAUGGGAAACAUUACAGCCUUGAUCCGUCACCAUGUUUCUACGACUUUAUUAAGCCAAGAGAUCCAGAAGGGAGUAGCAGAACUGAUUUAACUGUGCAAGUUAAAUUCGACACCUGUCCAACAACGAGUCCCCAGAAGGGACGACACUGUAUGACAUCAGUGGUUAUCAAAUACAAAUCAACCAAAGUGGAGAUCCGACGGGACGAAAUAUCCGUAAAUGGUCAACUAUUAAACAACAGACCAGGUUUGUUUAAGUAUUUCUCUAACGACCUGGUUAUCGAACAAGCAACAACAAUGAUGAUAUCAGUGAGGGGAUUUGGAUAUAAUAUCUUCUACAAUGGACGAACAGAAUUGAUCGUGCGUCUGGAACGUCUAUAUGAAAAACAGGUGCUUGGAUUAUUCGGAAAUUAUGACGGUGUUACUGCAAACGAUUUUGAAACACAACACGGAAGCAUUGAGGCAAAGGGUUAUGAAUUUGCGCAUGGGUAUAAAGACUGUUUGGACCCAUCAAAGGAAUAUCACCACCCUUGUGACGAUAUAUCAAAGAGAAAAGAGGCCGAAAAUAAGUGCAAGCCACUCGUUGAUCACACAAUGUUUAGUAAAUGCAGUGAUCAUGAAGCUGCGAGUGUGUUUUACUCUCAAUGCAUUGAGGAUUACUGUGCUAGCAAAAGCCAAGAAGCUAACAAUACAGUCUGUGCUACCAUCGAAGCUUUUGCACUGAUGUGCACCAACAAAGACGAUCACAGCGCAGUGAACUGGCUUUCGGAUACAACAUUAGCCGAGAUGUGUGGUGGUUAUGCAGUAUGUCAAGGUGGAAGUGUCUAUACUGCCUGCGCUAGUAUAUGUGAAGGGUCAUGUCGUGAUGUUCAAGUCAGUGAUUCCACAUGUAUGGAAAUGUGUAUGCCAGGAUGUGUAUGUCCAGAAGGCCAACUCUUGAGUGAAUCGAAUGUUUGCGUCGAUAUCGAAGAGUGUGGAUGCUUUGACAAGUAUUCAUCCACAUAUAAAGAUGCCAAUGUAAUGACCAUUCAAGGCUGCACCAACUGUACCUGCAAGAACGCGAAAUGGGUGUGCGAUGAUGACCACUGUGAUGAUACCAUAUCGUGCCCAAAGAACCAGAUCUAUAGAAAAAGUUUGACUGCCUGUGAACCGACCUGUGCAACUUUGGGACGUCAAAUAUCUUGUGCAAAUGAUUUAACGUAUGAUGGAUGUGCCUGUCCGAAGGAUCUGUAUCGAACCCCAAACGGAACUUGUGUCACAAAGGAUCAGUGUCCAUGCCCACUUCAUGGUGAAUACUAUAGUCCAGGUGCUACAUUCGAAGAAUCCUGCAAGACAUAUCGCUGUAAAGACACACAAUGGAGUAUCAUAGCGAAGGAAGAUUGUCCAGCUGUGUGUUGGGCGUCCGGUGACCCUCAUUACCACACAUUUGACCAAAACCACUAUAAUUUCCAAGGAGACUGUUCAUACACAUUGGCGAGGGAAAAGAAUGGCGAUACGUUUGAUAUAACAGCGGAAAACAUUGGAUGCGGAAGUAAUGGUGUCACGUGUACAAAAUCAGUAGAGCUGACUGUAAAAGGUGGUUUGGUGGUAUCGUUGGUCAGAGGAUCACUCGUGAAAGUCGGUGAUACAACUGUGAACGGCCUACGCUACAAAACAUCCAGUAUCGAUGUAAUUGUAGAGUCACCAUGGGUCCGAGUAAUCAUUCCGGAUCAAGACGUUUCCUUGCUGUGGGAUAAUGGCACAAGGGUAUAUAUUUACCUGGGAUCCCAAUGGCGGGAGAGAGUGGAGGGUCUGUGUGGAAAUUACGAUGGGAUCGAUAAUAAUGAUUAUCAAUCUCAGAAUGGCAUGAACACGCAGGACGUCACUGAAUUUGCUAAUUCGUGGAAAACCAGUAGCGCAUGUGCAGAUGUAGUGAAUGAUAAGGGGGAUUUGUUGCCUUGUCAGGGUAGCCAGAGCAUUCGCGCUUCCUGGGCCGAAGAGUCAUGCAAAGUGAUUCGGGAAGGACCGCUUUUCGAAAAAUGUCGACAACACUCUAAUAUAGAAGCAGAAGAAAUGUAUCAAGAUUGUUUGACCGAUGCUUGCAGCUGUGAUAAAGGUGGUGACUGCGAAUGUUUGUGUACAGCGAUCGCCAGUUUUGCAGAGUUAUGCAAUGCCGAGGGCGUACAUGUUAAAUGGAGAACACCUCGAUUUUGUCCUAUCAUGUGUGAAGGAGGUAGACGUUACACGCCUUGUCGAUCGCCGUGCGAGCAAACAUGUGAAAAUAUAGGCAACGAACCAGAGCCGUACUGUAAUGAUACACAAUGUGUUGAAGGCUGCAGUUGUCCAGAGGGAUAUGUGGAAAAUGGGAAAGAUGGCGAGUGUAUGCCUGCAGACAAAUGUCCAUGCCGUUACCAAGGUGCAAUAUUUCCUGCAGAAUCAGUAAUACUCCAAGAUUGUAUGACUUGUACAUGUGUUGCCGGAUCGUUUCGAUGUGUGGGUGAGAGCUGCAAGCCUAACUGUACAGAGGAAGAAUUCACCUGUUCUGACGGGAAAUGCAUUUCAAAUAUAUACGAAUGUGACACAAUUCACGAUUGCAAUGAUGGGUCUGAUGAAAAUAACUGCACAUGCAGUACUGGCCAAUUCCAGUGUCGAAACGGACAAUGUAUAAAUGGAAACGAGGAAUGCGACGGCAUGAAAGAUUGCUUGGACUCGACAGAUGAACAAAAUUGUGAACAUCACUGUAAGGAUGAAGAGAAGAGUUAUAAAUGUCCGGAUGGAAACUGCAUCCCGGUGACGUUUCGAUGUGAUGAAGAAAAUGAUUGUUCUGACGGAUCAGAUGAAGCCAACUGUACAACCUGCGACCAACCAGGGAUGUAUCAGUGUACAACCACUCUGAGGUGCAUACCACCCUAUGUGUUAUGUGAUGGACAUGAUGAUUGUGGGGACGCGGAGGACGAGAUUGGAUGCACAACAACAACUACAAGGGUGACAACAACCACAACGCCAACCACCACUGCUCCAGAAACCACGUCUACUACUACAUCGACUGCACCUACAACAACGACCAUACCGACAACUACAGAAUCAACGACUCCCGAGGGAACGACAUCUACAACUACGGCUACCACUAGCACAGCCACGUCUACGACCACUCAAAGCACAACAACAGAAUGUGACAUCCAAAUGAUUUCUAAAGAUAACUCGACUGAGGUUGAUUCCAGCACUACUGAUGGAAACGGGAAUGGAUUGGAUGAAACAUUUGUUCCAGACUCUAACGUUUUAAAGUCAACAAUUAGAUAUACGAUAAAGUCUACCAAUGAUUACGUUAAGUUCUUCCAAUUUUCGGCCAAAGUAUGGAACGUCGCAAGUAUCCAAGUGUUUGUACUUGACAAAAACAACAAUCCAGUUGCUCCUAUCAAUACCCUAGAGGUGACAGCUUCCGAACCCUAUCCGAAAACGUUAAGUGUGAAUCUAGAUGGUGCUGUAGGUGUGACGUUGGAGAUAGUUCUUGAACCAGCAUAUGGCAGUCCUAGACUUGACGGCGUGACGUUUGUUGUUUGCUAUACACCAGCAACAACAACUUCAAGUGUGACCACAAGCACAACGCCAACGACAACGACUGCUCCAGAAACAACGUCUACUACAACAACGACAAUAACUGUACCCACAACAACAACUUCGCCGACAACUACAGAAUCAACAACUUCCCAGGAAACGACAUCUACAACUGCGGCUAGCACUAGCACAACCAUAUCUGCGACUACGCUUAGCACCACCACAGAAUGUGACAUCCAAAUGAUUUCUAAAGAUAACUCGACAGAGGUUGUUUCCAGCACUACUGAUGGAAACGGGAAUGGAUUGACUGAGGCAUUCGUUCCAAACUCUAACGUUUCAAAGCCGACAAUUAGCUAUACGAUUAAGUCUACCAAUGAUUACGUUAAGUUCUUCCAAUUUUCGGCCAAAGUAUGGAACGUCGCAAAUAUCCAAGUGUUUGUUCUUGACAAAAACAACCAUUCCGUUGCACCUAUCAACCCCCGAACGGUGUCAGUUUUCGGAUCCUAUCCGCAAACGUUAAAUGUGAAUCUAGAUGGUACUGUGGGUGUGACGUUGAAGAUAGUUCUUGAACCAGCAUAUGACAGUCCUAGACUUGACGGCGUGACGUUUGUUGUUUGCUACACACCAGCAACAACAACUACAAGUGUGACCACAGCAACAACGCCAACAACAACAACUGCUCCAGAAACAACGUCUACUACAACAACGACAAUAACUGUACCAACAACAACAACUUCGCCGACAACUACAGAAUCAACAACUUCCCAGGAAACGACAUCUACAACUGCGGCUAGCACUAGCACAACCAUAUCUGCGACUACGCUUAGCACCACCACAGAAUGUGACAUCCAAAUGAUUUCUAAAGAUAACUCGACAGAGGUUGUUUCCAGCACUACUGAUGGAAACGGGAAUGGAUUGACUGAGGCAUUCGUUCCAAACUCUAACGUUUCAAAGCCGACAAUUAGCUAUACGAUUAAGUCUACCAAUGAUUACGUUAAGUUCUUCCAAUUUUCGGCCAAAGUAUGGAACGUCGCAAAUAUCCAAGUGUUUGUUCUUGACAAAAACAACCAUUCCGUUGCACCUAUCAACCCCCGAACGGUGUCAGUUUUCGGAUCCUAUCCGCAAACGUUAAAUGUGAAUCUAGAUGGUACUGUGGGUGUGACGUUGAAGAUAGUUCUUGAACCAGCAUAUGACAGUCCUAGACUUGACGGCGUGACGUUUGUUGUUUGCUACACACCAGCAACAACAACUACAAGUGUGACCACAGCAACAACGCCAACAACAACAACUGCUCCAGAAACAACGUCUACUACAACAACGACAAUAACUGUACCAACAACAACAACUUCGCCGACAACUACAGAAUCAACAACUUCCCAGGAAACGACAUCUACAACUGCGGCUAGCACUAGCACAACCAUAUCUGCGACUACGCUUAGCACCACCACAGAAUGUGACAUCCAAAUGAUUUCUAAAGAUAACUCGACAGAGGUUGUUUCCAGCACUACUGAUGGAAACGGGAAUGGAUUGACUGAGGCAUUCGUUCCAAACUCUAACGUUUCAAAGCCGACAAUUAGCUAUACGAUUAAGUCUACCAAUGAUUACGUUAAGUUCUUCCAAUUUUCGGCCAAAGUAUGGAACGUCGCAAAUAUCCAAGUGUUUGUUCUUGACAAAAACAACCAUUCCGUUGCACCUAUCAACCCCCGAACGGUGUCAGUUUUCGGAUCCUAUCCGCAAACGUUAAAUGUGAAUCUAGAUGGUACUGUGGGUGUGACGUUGAAGAUAGUUCUUGAACCAGCAUAUGACAGUCCUAGACUUGACGGCGUGACGUUUGUUGUUUGCUACACACCAGCAACAACAACUACAAGUGUGACCACAGCAACAACGCCAACAACAACAACUGCUCCAGAAACAACGUCUACUACAACAACGACAAUAACUGUACCAACAACAACUUCACCAACAACUACCAAAUCAACUAGUCUGCUGACAACGACGCCGAAAGAAUGCCAGGAGACAAUGGUGAACCCAGAGGAAUUCACUCAGAGCACAAGCGACGGAGUGACAUAUCAACUAAAUGAAAUGUUGAAUAUUUCCAAACAAAGCAUUUACUAUGAGCCAAAAGACACAUUUACGUAUAUCACGUUCAGAUCAUAUUCUGCUUUGGUGUCUGAUGUCAACAAAAUUACUGUUUCUGUGCUGGAUAGUCAUGGUGACCCAUUGAAAUCGUUUGACAUGCCAGUUGAGAAUGAUGGCAGGGUUGUGGUACCAUUGGAAGACACAAAGGGCGUGGCGUUGAAGAUUGAACUCCAAGCUGGAUCAUAUUCUAACAUGACUUUAAUGCUUAUAGAAUUACUCGUUUGCUUCCCAACAGCUACCGCAACGUCACCGGUUACAGAGACGUCCUCCACCACUACGACAUCAACUACAACAACGACAACUACAACAACUACACCACCCACAACGACUGCAUCAACGAGCCCAACAUCCACAACUAGUAGUCCGCCAACUACUUCCACAAGUCCGACAACGACAAUUACCACGGAAGAAUGCCAGGACACAAUGGUGAACUCAUCCUCAGAGGCUUUUAUUCAGACCACGAGCGAUGGAGUGACACACGAGUUGAAUGAAAAAAUUGAUGUAAACCAACGAAGCAUUUACUAUGAGCCAAAAGACACAUAUACAGAUAUAAUAUUCAGAACGUUUGCUGCUUAUUUGACUGGUGUCAAACUCAUUACUUUGACUGUCCUGAAUAAAUAUGGCGCCACAGUGAACUCGUUUGACGUAGUAGUCCGUAAUAAUGGCAUGGUUGUGGUACCAUUGGAAGACACAGAUGGAUUGGCGUUGGAGAUUGAACUCCAAGCUAUACAAUAUUUUGACGCGAGUUUACUGUUUGAGUACUUACACGUUUGCUUCCCACCAGCUACCGCAACGUCACCGGUUACAGAGACGUCCUCCACCACUACGACAUCAACUACAACAACGACAACUACAACAACUACACCACCCACAACGACUUCAUCAACGAGUCCAACAUCUUCAACGAGUAGUCCGCCAACUACUUCCACAAGUCCGACAACGACAAUUACCACGGAAGCGUCAUCAACUGUUACCUCUUCUCCUACAUCGACUAAAGGGACAACAUUAAGUAGUACGCUAACCUCAACUCCAACUUCCACAACCGCAAGUGAGUAUUUAAAUGUUGAAAUCUAAAUAGAUAUUUAAAUGUUAUUUCAGCAGGUAUGAAGAUCAUCAUGAAGACGAAUGGGAAGGGACUGGUAAGUAUUAUUAUUAAAUAAUAAUCACAUACUUCCAAACAAGGACUUUACCGCAACGAAAGGAGUGAUUCAGCAUUUAAUUACCAAUCAAAAAAUAAAAAAAAAAACUAUAAAAAUGCGAGGUAUGUUUCGAUCCUUUGGGUUUAUGAAGAAAUGCUGUUUAAAGCAUUAAGAUAUGCUGCAAUCAUCCUUUUAUAGUAUGUUGUUAACAUCGAUUGUUUUUCUUCAUGAACAUAAAUUCAGGUUUCUUUUCAGCACUGAGACAUUAUAUCGAUAAUAUAUUUCAAAUGAAAACUGUACCAAUCUAUGAACGUACAAUGACUUUGCCUUUUAGAAAGAAAUCUCUUUGUCAUCACGGAAGGAACGAAAGAAGGUAAUACUAUUUUGUAUGGAACACUUUUGCUUUAUAUAAGUUGUGCUUCUAGUAAAAUUUCUUUCAGCUGAUAUUUACAUUCAACGCAUACAGUACUAAGAUGGUGUACCAUCAAGCUGCGGAGAAAGAAGGCUGUGGUAAGGAAUGCGUUUGUACGAAUUUAAACCUGUAAGAAAUAUAUAUAUGUUUAAACUGCUUUGUUUGAUACAGCAAAGAGGUAAGUAUCUAAGAGAAGCUGUCGGCGCCCAAUGAAAACUGUCUCCCAACGACUGCGUAACAUCAAAGAAUGAAAACCGGAAAGGUAAGUAUUGAUAAUCUUGUAGCAAACAUAAAAAUUAGGUAUCUAAUUCCAAACAAUUUGGUAACUGAUAUGAUAAGCAAUAUAAAAAGAUGCUUUUUGUUUUAGAAGAUGUUCUGUUUUAGAUGAUGCUUUGUUUUAGAAGAAGUAAACAUAUGAAUUUGCCUUGUGUUUGGCAUCUGCAAAAAGUCAACUCAUCGAAAUGGAACCGGCCAAAAGAAGUUCGAUUACAUGGUUCUGUUCCAUCGGCGCCCGAUGUCUCUCUGGAUCCGAGCAUGACAUGACCUGAACCAAUGGCUAUACCAGUUGACGUCUAACCAUAUAUUAACUGAUUGGAUCCUGUAUUAGGGAGCUGGUAAUAACAAUGGUUGGAUGAGGAGUAACAGUUGCAGAUUUACAUGUCAAAGGAACUGAUGUGUUAUUGGGUGGUCGGGCAGCGUAGUGUUGAUGUGCUAGCCUUUAGCCUAGGUAUAGGGGUCACUUGCCCGACCACGUGGGUUUUCUCCGGGUACUCCGGUUUCCUCCCACACUGACCCCACCUGAGUGUCCAUUUGGACCAACAAACGCGAUCAAUAUCAAUGAAUAUUAACAUGUUUCGUAAUUAACGUAAAAUAAAUAACGUUUAUAAUAUUAUAA